AUGGAGGCAUCUGAGAGUAUCCUUUCGCUCGAUCCUGAUUCUCUCCUCCUCAUACUGGAGAUUUCUCGCGCACAACAAUGUUUGAGCAAGAUUUCUGCUACCUGUCGUCAGCUUCGUGGAUUGUCCAUUCCCCUUCUCUUCGAGCAAAUCCGCCUUCUGCCCAGCCAUUUCACCCAGGAAACUUUCAUUCCCGAGAGUAUCAGGCCGCAUGUUCGAACCGUUGAGUUCACUCACAAGUACAAAUUCGUGUACCACGAAUACGAUGAAGAUGACUGCUUGGUAACCGUUCUCCCCGUGCUUGAUAUUCCUGACCAUCAAUUUCUACUUAAUGCCCUGCGCGGAAUGGGGCGCCUGCGUAAUCUCGUCGUCAACACGCCGUUUAACCAAGGUCUCCCAUUCUAUAUCCUGAACGCUAUCCUCUCGACUCCUCAGCUCGAGUCCGUUCAAUUUGGCCCGUCAAUGUGCUACCCGGUGAAACUCGAUCCAAGUUUCCCAAAGGAUCUUCAAUUUACGAGUCCUGUUUGCUCUUUGACCUCAUUCCGCCGAACCCUCCAGAGCUUCGAGAGGUAUUCGCGGACACAAGCAGAGGCGGAUCUUCUUCAUUGCCUGUUCAACCAAAUCCACCAUACACUUCAAAUAGCAGAGAUGCCAAGCGACACUGCGCCUCUGAGAGCGUUCAUGAACAAUGACUGGCCUUGUCUUCGCCAGCUCAUUCUACGUGGCGGAUCGCAGCAAUCAUCCAAGCCGAUGGUCGAGAUCUUGGGACGUAUGCCAAACCUUCGCGUCCUCAAGCUCGAACUAGCGCGGCGCUCUGGAGAGGGUCCUCACCGAGUGUGUCCUUCGGGUUGGGCGGGCGCUUUUCCAUGGCCAAACUUGGAGGUUUUGACCGUAUCCUCCCCGCACCCCGACGAUGGACUAUAUGCCCACUUACCGAGUAGCCUGCAAGAGCUCACCCUCCGAUGCUUCCCUCGCCACUAUGUAGCCACUGCUACGGGAAAAGAGGGCGAUUUCAUCAGAAGACACAUGUACGACUCUGGAUGGUGUUCGUCGCUCCCCUCAUCGUCUGCCGAGAUACUGGGCGUCCUACGUCGCUGUGGCUCGUCCCUCGUUCGUCUUCGGCACCUCGACAUCGAGUUUGAGGAGUCCGACGAAGACAUUCAGCCUUUGCGCUACAUUGCGACCGCAUUUUCGACACUCACCUUCCUUCAAUUUCUCCGUUACCGCAAGAGUUCGGAGCACCCUCAACAUACUACGUCUUGGGCUGACCUCGGGCAUGCCCUCGCGCCUCUGACGCAUCUUCGACUUCUUCGAGUUCAUCUCGAUUUGGAAGAUGCGGACGACGCAGGAACAGUCGGAGAGACGCUCUCCGCGCUCGCGCGCCCCCUCAGCACGACCAUACGGUUUAUCUGCUCCCUCACACUCCCGCCGCAAGGCCCCAAUGACUGGAAUGCCUAUCGUAUCCUCCGCGACCAUGGCACCGGUGAAAUGAUCGCACUGGAGGACACGGACCACUAUUACGCACGGAUUGACGGCCACAUCACAUCGGCCGAAUGGACUGCCUACCGUCUCAGAAGGGGCCUACGUAGACCAGCACGGGUUGUCUACCCUCCAUAUUGA